UUAGUGUCUAAUAAAUAGUUAACAUUUUCUAUGUUUGAAUCUGCUAACAGUUUCAAAAGUGAUAGUAUGAAGUGAAUGAAAAGAGAAAUUCAGAUCCAGACUGACAUAAUUUAAUAAUACCCUUCGGCAACCAGCCAAAUAAAAUAUUGUAUUAUGAAGCGGUGGAUUAUUAAAUGCGUAACGUGCACAAUAUUCAGAAAUAAAAACAUGCAGCAACUGCUACAAAAAUAACGAUGUUAUUUGAUUUUGACGAACAAAAGCCGGUUGUAUCAGCGCCAGCAUCAGGAUCCAUUGAUAGUAAAUGCUUUUACAAUUGUCCCUGCUUCUGCUGCCGACAGGGAUGCUGUGUUUUCGUAUGCUGCUGCAGCUGCAGCAACUUAAGUCGGAUUUGUUGCAGCUCAUGCACCAAUAUCUAUCCGUCACCACCACCACGCAAGGGCAGAUCCUGCGUGGUUUUUGGUGCAUCAAGGCUUCUAAUCAUGGCUGUCACAGUAGCUCGUCAAUGGGCUGUCGCUCUGGUCACACUGUUAACUAACAUUACGCUGCAUAAGACGGGCCAGCUUACUGUGUCUUGUGGGAGUCGGACCUUAUCCAAAACAUCCGCGAUUACAGCGCCUAGUAGUUCAGCAGCAAUCAGCAAUGGAGAGAGUAAAUUAAAGGAACAGUAUGGGCAUGGUCAUGCUUCCUAUGAUAUGACGAAUGACCAACAACUGAAGACCAACAAUUUGUGCAAAAUGUUCUGCAACAAUCGUAAGAGGCAAAGAAGACGUCGUCGUAGACGCCGCCGCCGACGCCGCAGGCACAAUAACAAGGGCAAUAGACAGACGGGAAACAGCAAACUGCAACAAUAUCAGGAUAGCAUAUUUCAGUUAAGUCAGAGUCACAGUCAUGGCACAUGUCUCUCUUUUGAGACGUUGAAAUCAAUUAAGCAAGACAAUACAGCAGAAGCUAUAAUAAGGACACGCAAUACUUCAUCGGAUAUACGUGUAUCGUCCUUGAAGGCUUUCGUUUCGUCAUGGCCAUCAGCCAAUUAUAGCACAAUGCGCCAUUUUUCUAAAACCAAACGUAACCGUACGAAUCUCGUGUGGUUGCUUAUUGGACUCUUUUGGCUAGAGAUUAAACUUAUCAACUGCAAUGCCAUUGCUAGUAGUGGUGGCUACGUUUCAAGUCUCGUCACCCAAAAAGGCUGUACUCUGUGCCAGUUUGAGGAGGGGAACUUUUACAGUGAUAAGGAUAACCCACACACAGAUUACAAUAACAAUAACAAGUACAAUAACCACAACAAUUACAUCUACAAAAAAACUAAUCGCAAUCAUAACAAUAUUGUGCUCAGCGACCGUGUUCGUUUGGAAUCGAUAAAGCGACAAAUUCUGACAAAACUCGGCCUCACCCAUAAACCAAAUGUGUCCCAUCCGCUGCCCAAGCAGUUCAUCUGGGAGACGAUCUAUCGGGCGGACGGUGGUCAAAUGGUAACAAAUGAUGCGUUUGACAGCAGAGCCGGCAUUAAAAGUGCUCUCUUAAGUGACCGUCAAAAAGGGGUGGGAAGAGUAUCCGACAUUAAUGAAUUCCAUGCACCAAGCACGGCUUCUGUGAACACAGAUCAGAAUCGCUCAACCAGUCAAAACUUUGCAUACACAUUGAGCAGAACCAAUAGGAGCACUAAAAGCGUCUUGAAAAGACAUUUUUUAAGAAAUCGAACAGCUGGAAGCGCUAGAUAUCAUUUGGAAAAGUAUUCAAAUAAACACAGAAAUAGCAAAAACACAAACACCUGGGAAAGGCACGGUCAACUACAAACAGGAACGAUUGCUAAUAAGAGCCCACAACCACGCUCACAAGUAGACGACAACACACCUUUGCGAGCUUCUAAAAAACAAGUGGCAAAUAAUGUUUUCAACAGAAAUACCAAGUCGACUGCGUACAGUAAAUCAACAUAUCUAAUAGAUAUAAAUCGUAGUAGUGAUAGUGAUAGCACCAAUAACGACAUAGGCGGCGGCUUUGAACACAAUGAUCAUGUUUAUUUUAACGAUUACAGAGUCCUAGUACAUAAUAAAGACCAAAAGCACAAUAGCGGCACAAAAAUUCUACUCAAAAGUCCACGUGAAGAUGAAGAAAGAUUAAUACAUGAAACAAUGGCCAUAGAAGAUCGGGAUGGUGUUGGUUUUGAGCGCGAAGAUUUUUUUGGUAGCACGCAAGAGAUAAUUACUUUUGCAGAGGAAGGGUCACAAUAUCGCCAUUACCGAAUAGUCGAGUUUGCUCCUCAAAAAUCACGUGUUCCCAACCAAAAACUAGCCAUAAGAAGUGCGCAAAUGCAUAUUCGUAUCGAAAAACAGCAUAAUGAGUGGGAUGCAGCUGCAGCUGAAGUAAAUCUUCAAAUACAACAUUCAAUAAAGAGUAAGCGGAGAAGCCACGCAAAUGUACCCAGGCAAAGAAUUAAAAUUUGGGUAUUUCGAAUGACAGAAGAAAUUAAUAUAACUGAAAAGGCGAUAGAUCAGGCUUUCUUAUUUCGGGCCUCUUUUGAAGUAGACACCGAUCACCUGGGUUGGCAAAAGUUUGACCUGACCGAAACAAUCCGCGAGUGGUAUAGCGAUACCAGUGGAAAAAACCUACGUUUACUGAUAGACUGCACUGGCUGUGGUAGCCAAUAUUCACUGCAUCUAUUUCAAUGGUCGGCAACAAAAGUUCAUUCAAAGAUGAAGACCGCUUCGACUCACGUAAAUCCGAAUCGUCCAUUUCUUGUACUUCAUACCGAAUCAUCAAGGCCAAGGCGUGUAAGAAGACGGGCGGUGGAUUGCGGUGGUGCACUAAGUGGACAAUGCUGCAAGGAAUCGUUUUAUGUGUCGUUUAAGGCGCUCGGAUGGGAUGAUUGGAUCAUUGCACCUAGAGGAUACUUUGCAAAUUACUGUAGAGGAGAGUGUUCUGGACCAUUUCGAACUCCAGAUACAUUUCAAACAUUUCACGCGCACUUUAUAGAGGAGUAUCGUAAGAUGGGCCUGCUGAAUGGAAUGCGGCCUUGUUGUGCUCCAGUCAAAUUUUCCAGCAUGUCUUUAAUAUACUAUGGUGAUGACGGUAUUAUUAAACGUGACUUACCAAAAAUGGUUGUUGACGAAUGCGGCUGCCCAUAAUCAUUCACUAAAUCUAAAAAGAGAAGAAGGAUACUGGAGUUACCAAACUAAACUGUUUUCCGUCCGUUGAAAUUUUAUGAUAGUAAAUGUUCACUUUCAAAAUGGGCUACUCUAAAUUAUAUGCAUAAGUGCUGGUUUGCUGCACAGAUGUGCAGAUGAAUUUAUAUUCAUAACAAUCGGCCACCAAAAUAAAGAGCCAAUAAAAAUUAAUUUCUAAAAAAGUCACUUAAGUGCUUAUUUUAGCAUUCGCCUUCAAAUGAACAUUAUUCAACACAUAUUGGCGCAAUUUACGAUUUACUUUAAAUAAAAUUUUAAUAUGAGUGAAGGCCGGUAUUUAUUAUGUGUAUUAAACUAUUUAUAUCUAAUUAACGUUUACAAAAGUGCCUACAUCAGCGAAAACAAUACUAAAAUUAAUAUCUAAACAUUAAACAAAUGCUAAUAACAAUUAGAAAUAAUAGCAACACAACAAAAGUGUCUUUGUCAAAUACUUAAAACCGAGUACUCAUAGGCGACAACUAGUAUAAAGCUGUGCUGUAGCGUAGCCAGAUUGUCAGAUAGGGUUUCAUGUUUGGAUUGUCUAUUCCAAAAUAGAUGUCGCAUAAAUUGAUAAUUUACUAACAUAUUUUGAUUAUAAUUACUUAUUUAUUGUAUUUGUGUAAGCUUAACAAAAAAAAAUUAAAUUAUGUGUAUAAGGCAUAUAUUAUUAGCAACAACUACCGAAUAGAUAUGUCCGUGAUUUCCGUCGAACUGCUUAAAUCAUUGUUUUAAAUUUUUAUUUUGUAAGAUUCUUGUAUUAACUCGUCAAUUACA